AUGAAAAAUCCAAAGAAUGCUCUUUUGGGGGGCAAAUCCAGAUUCUUGAAGAUUUUUACUAAAGUUAUAAACGAAGAUCCGAAAAAUAGACCUAUAAUUACUCACAGACAUUCAAUAGCACCCUCAAACCUAAAAUCACAAUAUUUAAAUACACACUUUGGACCCAAUGGUGUGGAGGUCGAAGAUGAAGGAUUUUUUACAGUUGAAGACUUGAUUACUAGGAUAGAUUUUCUUAUCAAUCUUCCGUAUGAAAUCGCGGCGUAUAUACUUAUGUUUGUUGAUUUCCAGACAUUAUGUCGAAUGGCACGAGUAUCUCGAGCUUGGUAUUGUAUUUCUCGAGACAAUGAACUUUGGCAUAGCAUGUAUGUUAUGAGUGAAGGAUGGAAAACUAAUAUACCCAAAGAUGUUCUUACAGGCGAUGUUGAUUGGAAGAAUUUGUUCAAAAACCGCCACACACUUGCAACGCGAUGGAAGAAAGGAGAAUGUGAAAAAAGAUAUCUCAAAGGUCAUUUAGACAGUGUUUAUUGUAUACAGUUUGAUGAACACAAGAUUGUUACGGGAUCUCGAGAUAAGACCAUCAAAUUCUGGGAUAUUAAUACAGGAAAUUGUUUUCAAACAUUAUACGGUCACGACUUAUCAGUAUUAUGUUUACAAUAUAAUGAAAAAAUUAUGGUUUCAGGAUCUAGUGAUACAACAAUUAUAAUUUGGGAUAUGCAAAAUUACAAUCAAUCGGUAUCUCAAAUACGACGCCUUUCAGGUCAUUCAGCAGGAGUAUUGGACAUUUGUUUUGACGGAAAUCAUAUUGUUUCAUGUUCAAAAGAUAGUACAAUUAAAGUAUGGGAUGUUAACACAGGAGAAUGUUUACGUACAUUAGUUGGACAUCGAGGACCAGUUAAUGCGGUUCAACUUCAUGGUAAUCGAAUUAUCUCAGCAUCAGGAGAUGCACUUAUCAAACUUUGGGAUUUAGAGAAAGGAUUUUGUAUUAGAGAUUUUAUUGGACAUACACGAGGAUUAGCGUGUGUUCAAUUUGAUGGAAAAUGGGUUGUUUCCGGAUCUAAUGAUAAAACAAUAAAAAUUUGGGAUGUGGAAACAGCCUUAUGUAUUCGUACAUUAGAAGGACAUACAGAUUUAGUGAGAACAAUUCAUUUUGAUGAAGACAAGAUUGUGAGUGGAAGUUAUGAUCAAACAGUUAAAGUAUGGGAUCUUAAAACUGGAAAACAAUUAUUAGAUUUUAAAAAUGGACAUACAAGUUGGGUAUUUGAUGUUCAAUUUAGUACGACGAAAAUUGUUAGUGAACUGUCAUCUUUGACAGUUGACGCAUCUGAACUCAUGAGUAACGGCGAACUCGAUUCGGGUAAGGUUACCGCCUUAAAACAACAAGUUUUUACUCUUCGGCACGAUCUUGCCGAAAAAAGCGCCUUACUCACUAACGUACAAAAACAACUUAAUCGACAUCAACCAAUUACAAUGCAAAGUGAAUCAACAACGGGAAGGGUUAUUGAACAUUUGCAAGCUGAAAUAGAUUUCUUAAAAAAGGAACUUACUGAAUCUAAAUCCCAGAUUCACGCUGCAAAAGUUGCUCGCGAAAGAUCAGAGAGACAAGUACAAGAGCAUUUAGCAUCACAUCAAAAAUUAAGACUUGAAAUUAAUUCCUUAGAAAGAAUGCUUGAAAGAAAGGAAAGACAAUCAAAAGAAUUAGAAGAAAUAUCUAAAGAUUUGGAGAAAAAGAAUUCAGAUAUGAAAUUUGAACGUGAUAAUGCUAAUACAAAAUCUCGUCAAUCAGAAUUAAAAGUAUCUGAUUUACACCGAAAAACACAAGAAGCAUUAGCAGCUAAAGAAAAAGCUGAAUAUGAAUAUACCCUUCUAUCUAAAGAAAUCCAAACUUUCAAAAAUAGAUAUGCUAAAGAUAUUGAAAUUGUUAAAAAAGAAUUUAAAACUCUUCGGGAAGAAAUGAAUUCAACAUCACGAGCAUUAGAAGAUGUGGUUUUAAUGACAAGUAUUCGUAUUGAAGAAUUAACGACGGAACGUAAAGAUGAAAUAAAUAAUAUAGAAUCAAUUCAUUCCAAAUUACAAGAAAAUCAAGAAAAAUAUGCAGCCAAAUUAUUGAAUGAAAUAGAAAUUAUGAAGAAAGGAGUAGCAUAUUCAAAUCAAAAAACUAUUGAGCAUACGGAACAAGUAGCGAAGAUUAAAGCAGAAACAGCAGGAAAAUUAAAUUGGUUAAAACGUAUUGAAAGAGCAAAACAGGAAGCAUAA